AUGUGCCUCGUUCUACCAGCCCUGUGCGAAUGUUUCAGCAUUACCCACGGCGUCAUCCUGGCUUGUUUGGCCUCGCGUGUUGAACGCGUCCACUGUGAUCUCUCACAUCUCACAUUUCACAUCACCGCACUCAUCUAUUUCUGUUCCUUCUUUCUCAGGCGAGCAUCCGAGCACCGCACCCUCGAGAUGGCUCUGCCUUCCUCUCCUCCGCUCAGGGCGGACUCUGAUCUCGAACUCCUGGACAUACCGUCGUCGCCGCCUCUACCUCCGACUCUUGCGCUGCCCGCAAUGCCGCACGGUCGCAAACGUCAACUGUCCGAAUACGAUAGCAACCUGUCCAGCGACCCCUUGUUCUCCGAUGACACCACCGAUAACGAAGACCUCGCCGCAUACGAUCGCCCUCGCCGCAAGAGGAUGAUCCAGGGGCCGUGGUAUAGCAUGGGCAAGAGGCCCGUCCGUGAUGUCCAGGAAGCGAUGCACGCGACGCCGAAAGGACACUUGCACAUCGCGGACAGCGGAGUGUUCAUGGGAAGUGACGGCAGUGAAGAGAGUUCGACCAUCCUCAUGCAGAGUCAACAAAGGCUGCAGGCGCUGCAUGUUCGCGAACGGGCGGAGGACGCGACCACGGGUGAAAGAGCAGCUGAGAGAAUUGUGAAUGCGUGUGUGGAGGAUGGCAAAGAGACCAUCGACUUGUCACAUCUGGACCUGGAAAAGCUUUCCUCGGAAACUCUCCGCCCGCUUCACACACUUACACGCCAUGCCCACGUGAACCAUACCCAGCCGCCUUCAGAAGAUCAAUUCUCCUCGUUCACGCCGUCCAUUCAAUUAUAUCUUGCUAGCAACAAGCUCUCUGUCCUACCCGCCGAGCUGUUCCGCCUUCAACACAUCGCUGUUCUGAGCCUACGGAACAACCAGCUCACAGAAAUUCCCUCCGCGAUCCACAGGCUCUCGCCCAAAGAGUUGAACAUUGCCGGGAACCAGAUCAGACAUCUUCCAUGGGAGCUGCUGGACCUGCUGAACGGAAAAGGCGAAGCCAAGAAAGUAUACAUCCGCCCGAAUCCUCUUCUGGAGCCGACCACCAUAGCUGGGCCAUCGACGCUGCCUAAUGCUCUCGCUGGAAAUGACGCGGAGGGACUCGCAGCUCUGCAGAUCAGCAGCGCCGAUGACUUUGAAGCGGUGAGGCAGCGUUCUGUCAGCGGUGAGACCAUGGAUCUUCGGACUGAGCUGGAGAUGCGUCUGUCUCUUGGUCGCACACGACGAUCCCGGAGUUUGGGAGCUGCGAGCUUCACGCACGGUGAAAGAACUCCAAUGCGCGAGGAAGCCAUCUACCUGGCAUCCUCAGCCGUACAUUACUUCCAUGUCGACGGUCAGCCGUGGCGGAAACGUGCGGAAGCCGAUGAAGCGUACCCUGCGAGGCUUUGCGACGUCGAGACUGCUCCAUACUCGGCGUCGAAUGCUCCCUCACUGUUUGAGCUUGUCCUGAAGUGUGCUCAGGUCGAGUACAACGUGUUCAACUUGCCAGACGAUCUACCCAUGGCGGCAAGAACUGCCUUGGAAAAGGCGGCGGAGAGACUGGACUUUGGAAAUCAGGCAUGCUCGACGUGUGGCAAAGCGUUUGUGAUACCACGCGCGGAAUGGGUGGAGUACUGGUUCGUAGGCUCGCCUUCUCAAGCAGGCCUGACGCAGGAUUCGGUGUUGCCAUUCCUUCGCAAACCCUUUCGAACCCGUGUUUUCGUUUGGACAUCGUCAGAGCCCUUCUCGACCGCGAUCUCAGCGGUCAGCACCCAUGUCUCUCUGCAUGGUGUGAAUCGAGGUCUGAUCACCGUGAGGCAAUCUCUCUCGCAGGCAUUAGAGAUUGGCGCCUCGGCCUCCUCACCGCACGCCGCCAUGAGUGCCGACGCUGACGGUGACACUGCGCGCACCGGCUCUCGCUUCUUCACCGUGCACAUCGUCCUGCCCGCCAAUGCCUCCGGCACCAUCAUCGGCCCGCACUCCCUCUCCAGGAGUCUGACCGUCAAGUGCAAACCGCAUGACUCCAUCGACGACAUCUGGAAUCGCUCCGUCCGCCGAUUCAAACGGGCCUAUGGCAUCGACUGCCCGCCUGGACUUUACUGGAGUCGGUUGCAGACCAACGAAGGCGGCGACUUGUUGAUGGAGGACACGGUCGGAGAACUGUACCGGCCCGAUGCACCCCAGAUCGAACACCAGCUUCGCUUCGUUCUGGAUCACAUCAAUGACGAAAACCCGCUGCCACCCGACUCCGCAUUGCGUCCAGCAGGUUUUCGAAAACGCGAGUGGUCGGAAUUGACGCGGGAAGAACAACGUCAGGCCGGAAAGCUCCAUCGGUGGACCGCUGUCAACGACCCCACGCCCGCGAGCAGUUCAUCGGCUCCGGAGCCAUCGACGGACGUCGCCGCUCAACUCGAUGCCGAUGGCUUCAAGAUCCCCGGCAGGCCUGCCAAGUCUCCAAGGAAAGAUCGCAAAGGCAGUGUUGCCAGCGCAGUCCCGCCAACUGCACUCAACAGUCAGGCUACGGUUCUGGUGAAAGAUUCCCAACCAGCGCACCAUCAUCCUCCAUCGCCGAAUCCUGAACCCUCUCCAAGCCAGGUCUCGAGCAACUCGACCCCUCCAUCUGCCCAACAACCACCAGAUUCUCAGUCGUCUCAAUUACCGAUUCCGUUCACCUUGGCAACUACGAAAAAGGACGACUUUGCCAUGAUGGACGAUGACUCCAUCCUCGACGAUGAUCUUCUGGGUAUCGAGAGCAGUCAGGAACAGUCCACCCAGGCCACAGCAAGCAGUCUCCACCAUCCCGUUGCGACAAACUCUCACCGCUCCAGCUUAGCCAGUAGCUUUCACCGGACCAGCAGCUCUCGCACCGCCCGCGCCGGUAGCUCCCACACAUUGACUGAGGGAAAGGGCAGAGCAAAGGAUACCCUACAGCAAUCUGUACUCAAUGUGGAUCGUAGCCCUCACAAUUACGUUGGAAAAGGAAAGGUAUGCGAUGUCAAUCCUGCCGCCGUGAUCACCAUUGACACAUCACAGCAACCCAUGACGUCCGCCAAUAACGCUCGCGCCUCCAUUGGGAGCACUUCGACUGGGGUCAACUACACAACGGUAGGUACUCCGUCAUGCGCCACCCUCGCUUUCACUGACGAGAUUCAGGUCGAAGUCUUCGCCCGGAUGCAGCAAUCUCAGAGCGGCGGCAGGCUGACUACAACAUGCAAGCGGAAACCCGACCAGAAGUGGACGCCGGCGCAGGAGCAGAAAGUCCUUGAUGGCGUGAGAAGAGGUUGGAAAUAUGAGCAGAUUCGCAUAUCGCUCUUGCCUGAUGUCCAUCGUUCGGCAAGCUCUAUUCGGAGCAAGAUGAAGGCCUUGCGGGAGAAGAUCGACAACGGGACUUUAUCCUUGAAAGCCUCGUCGCCACUCGCAUCUGCUCCUGCUCCCUCUUCCCAGGAUCGACACCCAUGGACUCCUUCCGAUAUCGACAAAUUACGCAAGGGUCUGAGUGAUGGAAUGCAGCCGUCGGAAAUUCAGAAGCAACUAUUCCCACACCGGUCCGAAGAGUCCAUCAUAAAGAAAGUUCGGAAGCAAAGCCGUCGCACUGGCGCCUAUAGUGCCUCGCGUUCGAGGUUGUCCACUCUCAGUCAAUCCGGCUCCCAGCCAACGUCUAGUGCGCCUGGCCGAGGAUUUCAGCAAAGCUCGCCCGCCGCAGCUGCAUCUACACGAAGAGGCGCCGAGGUGGAGAAGGCCGAUCACGAUGAUGAGGAGCUGCCAUCAGGAGACGAGCAAGAAGACAUGAUCAUCGACGACGCUUCCGGACAGGAGACUGAUCAUCUCGACAAUAAUGUGGCGGCGCUGGCAGACGAGGAGGAGCUAGCAUCAGACGACGAGGACCAAGAGAUGAUCGACGACGACUUCGAAAAUCCAACGAAUGUGGUUGACGAGAAGCCGGCGAUAGCGGUCAACGAUGACCGCGAGGUGCUUGACGACAACAAUUUCACCAUCAAGACGCAGGCAGACGACGAGAAGGAGGCGCCAGUAGACGACGAAGGUCAAGAUGUGACGACCGACUCUUCGAGAGUAGAGCCUGAAGAUAUCGUUUUCGAUCGAUAUGACAUGGAUCUGGACAUCGGUGCUGUCGACUCGCCUGACGACGUCGACGGUCAACGUCACAACAGUCGCAAUGAGCUUCUCGCCUCCGACAUCGCAAGCGAGGCUACUGCUGCUGCGGCGCCCAUUCAUGCAAGUGGGCGUUCCGCUCGCGCUGUGAUCGCAAGGGCAGCGGAGACCACGAGAGCAUCUUCGACGAAAUCGGCCAAGAGGCCCGAGGCUUUCGGAUUUACUGUCGACGCACCAGCUAAGCGAAUGGCUUAUGUUGCACUUCAUUCCCGCCCGGAUAUGAGCGACGUUCUCGACAUGAGACAACAAAGUGCCGAGUCGACUGAUAGAGGCCACGAAGUUGAUGAUCCUUCUCCGAAGAUCGAGCGGGCGAACCAGGACAGCCCUGCGAUCAAGGCGGAAUCUGUCGAGGAUUACGAGGACGGCGAGGAUGACGUGAUCGACAUAAUUCGUGAGGACAGCAAACCGACCGGCGAUUUGGACGACAAGUCGAGCAGUUCGAACCCUCAUGGCGAGAAGCGCGUGUUCACCUCCAUUCCUGAGCUCGAGACCUUCACCAACCGCCCAAGCCGUGACUUUGUUGGCGUCGCGCGAAUCGUCCCGGAUUUUACAGCCAGUCUGACUGUCGCGGACAUUCGGAAUGGUUGCAAUGCGGACGGGACUGUUUUUACCACCAUCCGCCCACCAUACGAACAGGAUGAGAUGUUACGUCCAUUCCAUGUGAAGAAGAGCAAGUUGUGGCAGGAUGCAUUGACUGAAACCGGCAGAGAUCCAGCCAAGUCUCUUGAGAAGUACAGAGAGGCUGUCACCGACAAUGCCAUGUUCAAAGCUUCCACCGACAAAGACAACUCUCGCAUCGACGCGAUCAAGAAAUUGCGGAGAUGGCGAUCACGCGCCAAAGCCAGGGAGGAGGGGCACGAUGUUAACGAUGCGCAAACGCUGAGUGGCCAGUCCGACAAUGGAAGUGCCGACUCGAGAGAAGAUUGCUCGGACGGUGACGGCGAUGGCGACGACGCAAACCAGCAGGGAGUUGAGCUGGUGGAAGGCGGCGGGUACGCCGAGACCGUCGCCAGCAGCGAUGAGGAAGUCUCCGAUGUGGUCGCCGGUGGUAUCGGUGCGAGGAAGCAUGCAAAGCAGGAUGCUGAGACCGCACGUGAGCGGUCGGCGAAAGACACGAAUCGAACUCGAUCGUCUGCAGCAAGACUCCGUGCCGCAGAGGCUGUCGACGCUCCUGCAUCGAGGUACGAGGCGCCGCAGCCUGAGAAGGCGUCACUGAAGCGGAAGGCAAGCACACUAAGCACCAUGUCGGAGGGGUCGCAAGCACACGCACUACCAAGUCCACAGAGCAUGCCCAUGUCUCCAAUCAAGGACAAAGCGGGUGUGCCCGUUCCGAAAGAAGAGCUGUCGAAGACUCGCGGCCGUAGAAGUCGACAAUUUAAACGCCACAAGUCGAACGCACAGAGCGAUGCUCAACUUGUGUUUGAUGGACGGGGCGAAGGUGCUUCAAGCGAAGCGCAUUAUGCCUCAAGGGCGAAACAACCGCAAGCCAAAUUGAAGUCGACCACGGAGCAAAAAAAGGAGAAGAGGAGGGUCAGCAAGAAGGAGAAGAAGCGGCAGAAAAAGCAGGAGAAAAAGCAGGAGAAAAAGCAGGAGAAAAGCACGAGCAUUGCAGAGGCAGCGGCAACCUCCACUAACGAGGCUGAUGCGAGGUCGAGCAAUGGCCAGAACGAAGAGGAAAAGUCCAUGCUCGACAUUGUUCGCGGAGCCCAGCAUGUUCCGGCACCCAAGUUGGCUCGGCAGCAGCCACGACCUGGUGCGGUACAGCCGCUCCGGUUCUUUGGCGAUAGCGAGGAUGAGGAAGAGUCUGAUCGCGAGUCGGACUGA